UCCAUUCACACAUUUAAAUCACUCACAGGUUGCUAUAUCUGGAAACAACUUCUCAUAGGGAUUUGUAAUAUCGAUAUUUUAAACAUACAUGUAUAUAUGAGCCCAUUCCUACCGUGGCCAUUUCUUGUUACGAAAGGACAUUCUCUGCGUGAACAAAUGUAUGUGUUGUUCGACUUGGGACAUAUAUCUUAACAUUAUAAUAGGGUGGUGAACUAAACAAUGGCCUCUAACAAUUUUACGAGUCGGUUGCUGAAGUUGAAAAUGGGCCGUCAGCUCAAGCAUGCCCGGGGAAGCGUGACAGCGGCCAACGGAUCUAUUGCCCUGGAGUCCCUGUUCCAGCGCCCCGAUACCGCGCCAGCCAACGCCCUUCGCCAGCCCAGAUCGUACAGCGAGCUCCCGGGCCCAAAAGCCUACCCCGUUAUCGGAGGCAUCCUAAACUACCUCCCCGGGGGUCGAUUUCAUAAAAAACAGUUUAUGGACAUGCACAGGGAAUGUGUAGAGCAGUAUGGGUCCAUAUACCGGGAAACUUUUGUCCCUGGUAUAGAGUUUGUGCACAUCAGUGAUCCGAAAGACAUCGAAGAGGUGUUCCGAAGCGACUCCCAACACCCCAUACGACAAGCCUUCUUUAUGCUUUCCCACUACAAUAAGAAAUACAACGAAAAUGUCCAAGGACUCCUAACCAGCCAAGGUGACGACUGGAGCAAAAUAAGGAAAAAUGUUCAACAAAAAAUGUUGAAACCAAAAGCAGUUGCUGCCUAUCUCCCAGAGCAUUCCAUAGUAGCAGACGAACUUUGGAAUCACGUCAUGGCAUUACGUAAUCAGGAAAAGGAAGUGGAUGACUUGCGGCCGAUUCUUGACAGAUACGCAGCCGAAUGUGUCGGCGUCGUGUGCUUCAGCAAGCGUCUUGGCGCCUUUAGCGACUUGUCCCCAGAAAGUGACGCCCAACGCUUCAUUCAGGCUGUAAGCGUUGUCAUGGAUAUCAGUCAAAAGGAAUUUAAAGAGUUGCCGUGGUAUCGGUUAUUCAAAACAGCGUCCUUCAGAAAACUGAUUGAAGCGCAGGGUUUUAUUCGCGAAAUCGCUGUGAAAUAUUCUCGCGAGGCCUUGGAGAAAUUCAGUCAGGACUCCGCCAUAGACGGCGAACACGGCGAUCUGAUUCCGUACCUCCUGUCUAAGACAGCCCUGUCGGAGCGAGAGGUCCUAACCAUUAUCUGCGAGUUUAUCUUCGCGGGGGUGGACACUACUAGCCACCAUUUGUCGUUUGUCCUGUAUCUCCUUGGAACGCAUCCAGAAAUCCAGCAGAGGGUAUACCAGGAAAUCAAAACAACCCUUGGAGACAGCAAAGAAAUCACCGAGUCCCACAUCGGCAAAAUGUCCUACCUGAAAGCCGUAACCAGGGAAACACACAGACUCCUGCCUGUCGCCCCUGGAAAUAUCAGAACCUCCUCCAAAGACAUCGUCCUGUCCGGAUACACAAUCCCUGCCGGGGUACAAAUUGCUAUGCAUCACGACUUUAUUAGCACAGAAGAUGCUCAUUUCGACAAUGCUGAACAGUUCAUUCCCGACAGAUGGUUGAGAUCCAACCAAGCAAGGAAGGACCGACACCCGUUUGCCUCCGUUCCGUUCGGGUUCGGUCCCCGGGCGUGUAUCGGAAGAAGAUUCGCCGAGCAGGAGGGUCACAUAGCACUCAUUAAGGUUCUGCGAGAUUACAGAGUUGAGUACACGGGAGGGGAACUUCAGAAAGAAUGCUCCAUAACGUACUCCCCCGGAAACAAGAUGACCUUCCGGUUUCACGAGCGAUGACGAGAAAGUAAUGGACAGAGAUAACCAAGAUCCAGGUUCCAGUUCCGAGGGGCGACAACGUAGUUCCGAACCGAACGAGAAGGGGACAACUCCGGACCGGAGACGGUGUGAUGAAUCAGUGGCGAGAGGAGAACUCUUGAAACAAGCCUUGCGUCAAAUUAUCGGUUGGCCGAACUAUUAUAUUCCAUUUCAUAUUGUGCUAGAAAAUGUGCAGUAUUGCAGACAUUGUCUUCCUACGUGAGUUUCAGGUCAAUAAAACUAUGUAUAAAGUCAAUAAAACUAUGUUUAAAGUCAAUAAAACUAUGUUUAAAGUCAAUAAAACUAUGUAUACAGUAUAA